UUUUUCAUAAAAAUGAGAGAGAGAGCGGAAUCAGAGUAUUUUCCCGACCGCCAAUGAAACCUCGUACCCUGUUUCAAAUGCGCCGCGCUUAGGUUUUGAACCUUCAACCCUUCUUCUCUCUUCAUUGUUCUUCACAAUUCCUCAAAUCUCUCCCUGCCUGCCAUGUUCAACAGGGGAAUCUGCAAGUUCUAUGCCCGUGGAAGGUGUUUGAAAGGGGAGCAAUGUGAUUAUUCUCAUCAGAGAAACGAUACUCCAGUUGAUAUUUGCGCUUAUUAUCAAAAAGGAUCUUGCACCUAUGGUAGUCAAUGCAGAUUUAAGCAUGUCAAAGCAUCUCAAGCAUCGUCUUCAGCAGAUAGGCGCCAAUCUCUUGUUUCAGAUUCUGCUGCAGCUCAUACUACGAGAGGAACAUCAAGCUCGGUUCGGAAGGCAGCAAAUUUGUCUUCAUAUGACAAGCGUGCACAGAGUUUACAACAUAAGCAUCAGGAAUCUCUGGGUCAUGGUGAUGUUGGUGAAUCCAGUACUCGUACUGCUACUGCUACGCCAUCUGUACAUAUCUUUUGUCCAUUUGCUGCUGCAGACUGCCCCUCAAGAGAUAAGUGUCCUCUCAUUCAUGGAAAUCAAUGUUCAUACUGUGAAAAAUAUUGCUUGCAUCCUACUGAUCGAGAGGGGAAAAAAAAUCAUUUGAGGACUUGUGAGAAAAAGGAAAAAUACCUUCAGGAUUUGAGCAAAGAAGUAGAAUGCAAUGUUUGUCUGGAGCGUGUUCUUUCCAAACCCAAACAGUCUGAAUGUAAGUUUGGGCUGCUUCCGGAAUGUGAUCAUGCUUUCUGUUUAUCAUGUAUCCGCAACUGGCGUAAUAGUGCCUCAGCCUCUGGAAUGGACAUCAAUAAUAAUGCUAAUACAGUGAGAACCUGCCCUGUUUGCCGCAAACUAUCUUAUUUUGUCAUUCCAAGUGCUAUUUGGUUCUCUACAAAGGAAGAGAAACAGGAAAUUAUUGACAACUACAAGGGAAAGUGCAAAUCGGUUGAUUGCAAGCAUUUUAACUUUGGAAAUGGGAACUGUCCAUUUGGGGCUAGAUGUUUCUACAAGCAUACAGUGAAGCAAGGCUCAUACACAGACAUACAUAGGAAGCCACCACCUCGACAUAGGCCAAACAAUUAUGAUAUGUAUGAUGUGUUGGAUAUGCUAAAUGAAGUUGAUUUACAACCUGAAGAAUAUUAUUCCAUCAUGAGGGACUCGGAGUUCUUUGAUGAAAUGGAUGCUUGUGAAAUGAUGGCUUUAUCACAAAGUAUGGGUCUUUACAAUUCUGAUGAGGAAGAUGAGUAUAAUUUUUUUCAGAUGGCCGCUUUCUCAGAGGCAAUGGCUUCUGGUGUGGAUGAUUUUGGACAUGAAGAUUUUGAAAAUGAAGAAUUCAAUCCUAUGGAGGCAGCCUUGUUUUCAAUGAUGAUGCAUUCUAAUAUGGAAGAAGAAGAAGAAGAUGAUGAUGAUGAUGAUGACGACGAGAGCGAUGAACACUUCUUCUAGGUCUUGACUUGGUUCAUUAUGAUGCUCAGCUUUAUCUAGUUUCUGUAGUUUCCUUUGGCAUUAUGGCACCUAUCUUUAAUUUUUUUUGGAAAAUAUUGAUCAGGAACUCCUAGAUUCUUAUUCGAGUUUGUGAUUUUUUGUUUUGUUUUGCAAGAGUUUGUGAAUUUGUUAAUAAGCCUUUAUUUGCGAUCUUAUGCCGUUUUGUUUACUUUAAUCAUGA